ACCCACAGCUCGGGGCCUCCUCAUUAGCUCUGAGAGAAGAAGGGAGCCAGGAACAAGCAGCGCCAGUGCCACGGCCUUUCUGUUCACACCUGGGUGGCAACAUGCUCUCCUAUCUAAGUUCCUGGCUGCCCAGCUUCCCUAGCUUGGCCUGGGGCUCGAACCUGGUGGACUCCCUCUUGCAAGGGCUGGUGGGAGCCUGUGCUGUCUCCGUCUUGUGCGGCUUGAUGAAGAUCUACCUCUAUAUCCAGUGUUUGAAUGAUCCAGAACGCAAGAAAGAGAAGGAGGCCAUACGGCAACAGUGGGCUCUGCUGGAUCAGUUGCACCUCUUCGUGCUGACAGGCACCUUCAUGGUGGUUGGCUCUCGUGUGGCUGCCCUGGUGGUGCUGGAGUUCUCCCUCCGGGCUGUCUCUUCCAUCCUCUCCCUUGACAAGGGGGCACACAACAGCCAGCUCUACCUGCUCUGCCAGUACUCCUUGGGUUGUGGCAUUUCGUGCAGCCUCAGCUACCUCCAAGAAGGGGCAGCCCAUCGGACGUGGAACCUGCUUCUCAGUGUGGGCUUGGCCACCCUUCUGACCGUGUAUGUCUGGCGCCUGGCCCGCCAUGUCUUCGCCAUGUACGAACUGCAUUGCAAAGAGCGCUACUGUGGUGUGUGCCUCUUCCUUCUUACCACCUGGCAUGGCAUUCCCAGACUCCUGUGCAAUGCUCUCAAGGUCACCUUCCUGGUGGCUGACUUGGCUGCCGUGGCUCUGAUCAACCGGGACUUCCUCACCACCUCAGAAGCUGUCCGCUUCUGGACUCCACUAACAAUCUGCUACACACUCCUGGUCAUCUACAUGCAAGAAGAGCAGCGUCAAAAUCCCACAGAGCAGAUGGCCUUCCAGACUGUCUUCGUCAGGAUGGGGGGGCUCUUGAUCUUGCUCAUGACAGUGGGUCGCUGGAUGGACAUCGUCAACAUUGUUGUCUCACUGGUUGGGGAGAUUUGGUGCUUGGUACGGACCGGAGUCUUGCUGGAAGUGUGCAGAAAGCAGGACUAUUAUCAAAAAAAUUCCCACUUGACUUCUGCCUCCUGGAAACCCUCAAAACAGCAUGAAGACUUUCCUGACAAAUAUUUAUCAUCAGCAACACCAGCAGCACCAUCCUGAAGCAGAGAAGCUAUCCUACUACUCAGAGAUGCUCAGAGGGCAAAGCCAGUAUGAUCUGUAUGACUGUAAGAUACGGAUGAGGAGUUGAUGAUCAUGGUUUUGCUGUCUUAUAGUAAAAGACUACAAUCUGAGUCAGUAAAGGUAGCAGAGCUGUAUUCUCUAAGCUAGCCACUGUAAGACAUGGCUGAGCAUGUUGACUGCAAUAGAGUUUGGCUAUCUUUUCGUGUGUUUUGGCUGAGUCUCGCCUCUGCUCAACUUACAUGUACACAUAUAAAUUAAAUAUUGUAUUAUAAAAUACCAGUAAGUCUCCAGUGACCAUUUUCCAAAGGAUGGAAAGUGCCAGGCUGAAGAAGGAAAUAAUAUAUGACAACCAGAUGUUGCUGGUGGUCCAAUAGUACUAUUUUCAAGGCAAAACAUCAGACAAAAAUUCAGGGAAUUCCCUGGAAUGGAAACAGGGCAAAUCUUAGCACCAAGUAUGCUAGGGAGUAUUUUCCUCUUCUGUUACUCCUACAUCGAAGAAUCCAUUUUCUGGGCUAUAGCUUCCAGAAUGGAUUCUGGAAAAAAGCUAGCCUUUUCAGCCACCAUACUUUGUCCAGUCUAAGGCUCUGGAGAAAAGAGAAAUUAGGCUUCUUCACUUUCUACCAGAGUUUGGAAAAUUACUUUUAAAAAUAAAAUUACUGUGCCAUGAUCCUCAGAAUGGUUUCUGACCUACAGUACUUCCGAUUUUUGUACUGUGUAACUCUUCUUUUUCCUGAUAUCCAACAUGAAAUAAAUAAAACAUUA